AUGGCCACCGCUCCACCGGCAACAGUGGGCGAGCCGGAAGUCAUGUUGUCUAAACGGGGAAGUGAUGUUGUACUUCUGGGUGAAAAGUCAGGAGUCGGCACCGUGAGGAGGUAGUCUAGAUCAUUCAGUCCUUUUAUUUCUGGGCAUUUACAGCAAGUUAUCACUGGAUUCAUCAACAAACCAGUAUGCCUGUUUGUAUUGUCAAUGGAUGUCCAUCAGGAGGUCGCCAGAAGGAGCAUGGCGUCAUCGUUCAUGUUUUCCCCAAAGACAAGAACAUGAUAAGGGCAUGGCUGAUUCAGACAGGACAAGAUUUUGGAGAUCUGGAGCAGUUUGUGAAUAAGGUUUAUGAGGGGAAAAAAACCGACAGCUACAGACUGUGCUCCAAACACUUUGCUCCUGAAUGUUACACGCAUUUGGACGGAUGGCGCAAACUUUUGAGGAAAGAUGCUAUUCCCACCAUUUUCUAUCAUCCCGAUUUCCCGCCUAGCAGUUUAGGGCCCAAUGGAAAAAUUCCUGCUCGAAAAAGGCGCAAAGUGGACAGAGAUGCCCAUCUAGGACCGCUUGGUUUUUGUGACCAUUGUGGACAGCAGUCAAUACGUCUCCCUAAAGUUGUCUCCGUUGGGGUUAACACAGAAUCAGUCAUUGUAAGAUGGGACAGGUCCACAAAUACUGAUCCAAAACUCAACACCAGGGCGGUUGCCGUAGAACAUAAAAUAAAGACAUAUCGCAAAAAAACACAGUGUAAUUUUCCAUUUAACAAAAACAAAACAAAACUUAAAGCUAGUGAUGGCAGCAAAAUACCACAUGCCAGUAGUGGUUCCAGUGCAAAAGUACAUGCCCAGGGUGGCAACGUGGCACCACCUCACGGUUCUCUUCCAAUGAACCGCACCCCAAAAGUGUUACCCUCUCUUCUAGUAGAAAAAGGCGUCAGUGUGCAGAAUGUCAUCGCAGAAAGGACCCCUGCUUUUGGAACACAGAGUUGCUCUUCCCAAAAUGACCUUAGACCCACACUCCAUGCCUCAAAUGUGGAAUCUUCCAGAGUUGAUGAGAUUAAUGAAGCCCACCAUAAAAAAUAUAACCCCAAGCAAGGCAUCGGUUUGAAUCGAAAUUCGAUGAGUGAAAGAAAAUUUAUUGUUUCUGAAUCGUGCCUGGAUGCCCUAAUCACAAUGGUGUCCUGCAAGGGGCCCGGCCCCUGUGGGAAGCCCAUCGUCAAAAUCUUCAAAAAAAGAGUUGGAACCUUUGUUAGUGUCUAUGUCACCUGUGCAGACAACCACCGUACACAUUUGUGGGAAAGCCAACCAAAAGAAGCCAACAUUCCUGUAGGGAAUCUCGCUCUUUCAGCAUCGGUUUUAUUCAGUGGCUCCACCUUUAGGCAGGUACACAAUUUGUUCUACCUUAUGGGCCUUGAAUGCAUCCGAAAAUCUACCUAUCACAAAUAUCAAAAAAAAUAUUUAUUUCCGACAGUCCGACACCAUUGGAAGAAAGACCAGGCAAAAAGUCUUUCAGUUUUAGGCAACUCUCCAGUAUGUAUUGUUGGUGAUGGACAGAGUGACGGCCUAGGCCGCAAUACCAGAUACAGUCUGUACACAUUAAUGGAUGCAUGCACAAAGAAAAUACUUAACUUCCGGGUUGAACAGAUGCGGCCAGGCCUUUUAUCUGCCCGCUUGGAGAAAGAAGCCUUUCAGAAAUCCUUGGAAAAACUUCAGAAGAAAAAAGUCCACAUCAAAAUCAUAUGUACUGACAAAUGUGCAGGCAUUAGAAAAAUGAUCAAAACUGAUUAUAGCCCUAUGGUGCACCAGUUAGACGUGUGGCACGUGGCCAAAUCCAUAGGGGCAAAGGUUCUGUCUGCAAGCAAAAGAAAAUCUUGUGGUGACCUGAGUGCAUGGGUGAGCGCUGUUAGAGAUCACCUGUGGUGGUCUGCUAGCACAUGCGAUAACAAUGCAGAACUUCUUCUCGAAAAGUGGAACUCGUUGCUAAACCAUACCGCAAAUGAGCACACUUGGUCUGGCAACAAACUGUACCACCAAUGUGAGCACAAUUCUGUAGAACAACAUAGGUGGAGGAGGUGGCUUCCCUGGGGAAGUGCAGCCCACAACUCGCUUCGAGAAAUUGUGCUCAAUCCAAGCUUGCAAGAUGACCUAAAGCACCUCUUCACCUUUUGUCACCCAACCGACAUAGAACUGUUUCAUAGCGCAAUUUCAAAGUACCGUCCAAAGAGAGGUGAUUUUGUCAAGGACAGUGUGAAGGCCAGGAUUCGAUUAGCAAGUCUACACCACAACUUUAACAUUAACAGAGUCCAGCAUGAAGUGCGGAAAACCACCAUAAGAUCAGCAACCCAAAAGCGUCUGGCUGUGUGCAGCAAAGAUCGAAAGCACCAGUUCCUGUGUGCAGUUUAUGAACCAAGCAAUCAAAGAUUCUUACUGGAAAUUAUGAAGGAUGUUUUGGAACUGGCAGAUGGGAAACAAAAGCUCUAGAUGUACAGAGAGGAAAGGUUCAAGAAAACCCGCUGAUGGGACCUUUGCUUUUGACCACAUGUCUAGAUAGAACAUAACAUCAGUAUUUUGGUCUAUUAUCUUCGGUCAGUUUAUUGAAAAGAACUCAGUAUUUCAUUUUGAUAUUGUUGUUUUUUUAUAUAUAUAUAUUUUGUACAAAAAAAAUCUAGGUAUAAUUUGUAAUAGUUUUCCCAAAAACCGGUCCUCAUGUACCAAAAAAAAAAAUCAGAUUGGAGUUGAGAUCUAGACCCUACCAAACGGAUAGAAGCUGGUCCUGACACCAGUGAACAAUGCUUGAGCCUGAGCACUUACUUUCCAUUAUUACUAAGGGAU